AUGUUCCCACCGGAAUACCCGUUUGCCCCGCCCGCCAUCCGCAUGCACACUCCCUCCGGCCGUUUCCAGCCCUCCACCCGCCUCUGUCUCAGCAUCAGCGAUUUCCACCCCAAAUCAUUCAAUCCAGCCUGGGAAGUCUCCACUAUCCUCAUCGGCCUCCUUUCCUUCAUGACCAGCGAGGAGAUGACAACCGGAUCCGUCAGUGCCUCUGAGUCUGAACGCAAGAUCCUCGCUGCGCGCUCGAGGUGGUGGAACUCGACAGGUGGCGGGUCACAUGCUAAAGCAGUGGCAGGCGUGUCGCCGUCGACGAGGAGCAUUGGGAGUGUGAAAGCUGGCGAUGGGGGUCUGAAGUUCCGUACCGAGUGGGCGGAGCUGGACCAGGAGAAUUGGAAGUGGAUGAGGGAGAAUCGGGUGGAUCCGGCUACAGGUCAAUUUUUGCCGGAUCCUAGUAGCAACAUUGGCUCUUCCGCGAAUGGCGGGAGUGGAACAAUGUGUUCGCCGGAAGCGAGCGCAUUGCGCAGACGACAUGCGGGCAGUGCGGCGGGGCUUGGGGCGGUGAUGGAAGGCGGUCAGGCUGCACGGGACGUGGGUCAGAGCUGGAUUCGACGACAUAAGAUGUGGGUUGGGUUGGUAGUGGUGCUGGGAUAUGCUUUGCUGAUUAGAUUGUUUGAUGACGGGAGUGCAUGA